UCUUUCCUGGACCUUCCCCCGGAGCUGAGGCUCAUGAUCUAUAAGCACUUAUCCAUCACCACAAAGCACCUAGUCCUGGAACGCUCACUCAACGAGUACGGUGGUGCGUCGACCAUUCGGCUAGUCGUAAAAUUUGCACCCGUCGAGAUCUUGAGGACCUGUCGGUUGAUCUACCAAGAAGCCCAUGCCUGUGUCAACAGGCUUGUGGAAAGAUGCCAACGCCUGCAAGUCAUUGUCGACUUGUCCAUGAUGAGAACCUUUUGUGGGAUAGUCUGCAGCACAGAGACUGAUGACGUGGGAAAGAUUUUCAUAAUGAUUAUGCAAGAGUCUUGUUCACCUACGGUUCUACCUGCAGAGCAAGGCCAGCACCGAAACCGUUUUAGUUUGCCACCAUCAGAUCGCGUGGUAUCGGCGGAAUACGCAAUUAAACUCCGAAACUUUAUGGAGCGGAGCAUCAAGUAUGUAAACCACAUGCUCAAUAUGUGCAUACUAGAGAUUGCCGUCACGAUACCAGAACAUGUCAGAAUAAUGGGAGGACAAACAAUAUAUCCACUGAUGGGUUUUCCAUGGAGAGCAGCGCAUCGGAGGCAAGAAUUUCGCUUAUAUGCUAGGGUGGAAGGGGAACUGGAUGCCACGAUGGAGAUCGAGUACGGCAUGCUGAUAAGAGAAUGGAGUUGUUUUCUGCGUUAUGAUGGUCAAGAAGAUGCGAAGGUGCUCGGUGAUGUAGAAUGGCAAGCGGACUGGGAAGGAAUUGAGGUUCGGGAGAAUUACGUAGAGGCAGAAGCGGUGUUGCAUGUGAUGAUAGAGGAGGCUCGCAGGCAACCAUCACGUCACCAUGUGUCGAGCUUCCUAAGGUUGGAAAACGAAGUGAGGUCUCUAGGACUCUAG